AUGAUCAAAACAACCAUCAGCUCCAUUGUCAGGAGCUUGGCGACAAUUCCGACCGAACUUGCGCAUCUGAUCAUCGAUGAUCUGCGAGUGAAGGACAUCCUCAAGUUACUUUGUCACAAUGAUGAACGUGUUGACGCCUGCAUUGUGUCGCAUCCUGUCUGUCGUGCUAUGUUCGGUUUCAGCUCCGAUCCGGAUACCCUCGCAAGGACCAGAUUUGCCGCCCAAUUCCACAACAGCUUUUUCAAAGAAGUGAGCCCAGCGCUUAGCUCAAAAGCUGGGCUUGAGUCUCGAUGGCUUCCUCUGAAUAUUCAUUGUAUUGAGCCAAAGAAUUACAAAAUGAUCAUUGUGGAAAUGAGAGAGAAUAUCCGCCGUGAGCUCUACCUACAUUGGCAUCAAACAGACUUGACUCAACUCGGUGCCCCGGAUUAUCCUGAGUUGGCUAGAAAUAGUCCACCUCAAGACAAUUAUUCCUUCGAGGAUAUGAAGGAAUGGUGGGAGGCCAUUAAGAAAGCUAAGGCCAAUUUGUUUAAACAGAGGUCUACUGAGCUCCACUGGGCAGCAAAUAUGUUGGAGGCAAAUCCAGACAUUCUGAAGCGCACACUGGAUCCUCAUCAAGAGCGAAGACCCAAUACUGCGCAUAUCGUCUCGAGAAUGCGAAAGACCGCCGACAAAACCCUGAGAGCUGUCGGGCAGAGGUUGGUAGCCUCAGAGCAUUUUGAAUACGAGUUCUUUGAAAUCACCCCCUUUGACUCCGCGCUGGUUGAGCUGUUGAAGAUGAUGCAAAAGCAUAAUAUCACGACAGGCGAUCAAUUGACGGUGGAUACUGUCGUUGGAUCAAACCUCGCAGCGCCACAUCCGUCUUCAAUCCAAGAAUCAGCACGCAUUGUUGCUGGUGGAAUGUCUCUCUUUCACUUAUCACCUCUGAUGACUCCCAAGAAGCGGUCGGAAAUAAGACACUCCAUGGUCACAAACUCCGAUGGCAUGGUGCUUCGAACCGGCAAUACGCCUUGGUCUGAGAAAAACGAAUUGAUGGACUGUGUUCAUGUGGAUGGACCGUAUUUCACACCACACAAAUUGGGUACUCCUCGUGCCUUUAGGCGACCAGAUAUCUGCCAGUGGGACCCUCAUAAUUUGAAGGAGGAAGAAUGGCUUGAGGCUUUUGUUGAAGUAUACCGAUAUCUGAAAGGCUUGAAAUAA